GUUGCUGGGGUUACAAGUUGAAUACGGAAGUGGCCCUCAUGGAAACAUGGCCGUGCAAAACUGGAUCGAUGUCCUGAAAUCUUCGCAGAAAACGGCCUUGAUACAGGACGGGAAAAGGAAGAUCCAUUACCUCUUCACAGAUGGAAAAGAAAUGGCUGAAGAGUACGACUUGAAAACAGAUGAACUCAUCUCUAGAAAGUGGCGGCAGAAAAGCACGCUGGGAGUUCAGGGUGUUUGGCAGGUAGAAGUCGGGGAGCCAGUAAACGUACCUGCAGCUCUCAAAUCUGAUGUCAUUAAAGAAAACUGCUCCAAUCCAGUGUUUAUGCGCAAAGACACAAAGACCAACUUUCAGUGGCGAAUCCGUAACCUUCCCUAUGCCAAGGACGUCUUCAGUGUUUCCAUGGAGCCCUCUGAGAGAUGCAUCAUCAUAAAGACCACAAAUAAAAAGUAUUACAAGAAGUUUAGUGUUCCUGAUCUGGAUCGAAGCCAGCUGCCGCUUGAUGGCUCUGCACUCAGUUACACACAUGCCAACAACACUUUAAUAGUCAGUUACCAGAAACCCAAAGAGAUUUUAACCCUGGAGCAGGAGCUGUUGAAGGAACUGAAGAAACUGAAGGGGACCGGUGAAGGGGACGUCGACUGUACAACCCAGUGAAUUCUGAGUAUGAUGAAAAGAAAAUGAUAGAGGGCUGCAUUUCAGGCAGCUCGUCAGAUUGUCAUAUCCCUCCUUACUCGCAAGCUUGUUUUUAACAUUUUGUUUGGAUCCUCAGUGCCUUGUCUCUGGGCUUGUGCUUUCAGUUUUGAUGGUUAAUUAUUCCAUCUGAGGUAGACGGUAUUAAUAAUAAUAAUAAUAAUAAAAAAAAAAACAACAACACACAGACAUGCAUUUUCUAAAACCUUGAUUUAAGAACUUUGCAAGUUCAUUUAUUUUCUCAGUUCCAUAAAGAUGUAUUUGCUGUUUUACUGCACUUCAUUUGAAGGUGUUUUCUUUUUUCCGGCGGGGGGCGGUAGGAGGGUCACAUAACCUACCGCUCCGCUUUCACUGAUGUCCUUGUAAAACACUCCGGACACACAAUGCUUUAUGCUUGUUCGUUCAGAGGUCACGGUUACGACGACGUCUCAUUUGUGUUAAAUGAAUCCCCUCAUGUUGUUUGCACGCUGUUGGCCACCCUGAAAGCAAGCUUGUUUCACCGUUCUCUGUUAAAAACACACGUCGGUUGAGAUGCUGCAAAAAACUGUAAACAAAAAUAAAUUCAAAUCGGUGAAAUUAUA